CGGGGCGUCACUAAACCGGAUGUAGUAACACCAGAAGAAGUCCCCCGGUUGAGCAGUUAUGUAGCUGUCAUGUACUCGGUGGAUUAUCUAACUUUUACCUUUUCAUUAAUGUUUUGACUCAACAUGGCUGCUCUGAAAUCAGCGCUGGCUUAUUCCACCAGGGUGCUAACGACACUCAAAAAACAGACGCAUGUCGUUUACAUCAAGAGGACUCUCCUCCUGACCAGACUGCCACUCUUCAAAGGUGCUAAAGGCAAGUUCAUCACCUUCGGGCGACAGUCCAGCUCCACAGCAGCCGGAGCAGAGAGUGGAGAAGACUCCUUCCUCAAAUGGUUCCUGCUGCUCAUCCCCUUCACCACCUUUGGCCUGGGUACAUGGCAGGUGAAACGGCGUCAGUGGAAGAUACAGCUGAUUAAUGAGCUGAAAGGACUCACUACUGCAGAGCCCAUUCCUCUCCCUCUUGAUCCUCUUGAGCUGAAUAGCCUCGAGUACAGAAGGGUCAAAGUGCGCGGAUGGUAUGACCACUCAAAGGAGCUGUACGUUCUGCCCCGCUCACCAGUCGACCCAGAGAAAGAGGCCAGAGAGGCGGGCAGGUUGUCUUCAAGUGGAGAGACCGGCGCAAAUGUCAUCACUCCAUUCCACUGUACUGACCUGGGCAUCACAAUCCUGGUGAACAGAGGAUACGUGCCUAAGCAGAAGAUAAGACCAGAGACCAGGACGAAGGGGCAGGUGGAGGGGGAGAUGGAUGUGGUCGGGAUAGUUCGGCUGACGGAGACUCGUAAACCCUUUGUGCCCAACAAUGACGUGGAAAGAAACCGCUGGCAUUUCCGUGACCUGGAGGCCAUGGCCAGUGUCACAGGAGCUGAGCCCAUCUUCAUUGAUGCAGACUUCGGGAGCACCAUUCCUGGUGGACCAAUAGGUGGACAGACCAGAGUCACACUCAGGAACGAACACAUGCAGUAUAUAAUUACAUGGUAUGGCUUGUGUGUAGCGACGACCUACAUGUGGUAUGCAAAGUUCAUCAAGAAGAUUAAAUUGUGAUGAUUAAAUGCAGUGAACUUAUAUCACAAAUGAAGACUGAUAUGUUGUAAUCCUGAUGUACAUGAUUUGUGCUGUAUGAGCUCAUCUGCUGCAUACAUCCAGACAAAUGUAAAUAGUUGUGGAUUAUUCUUCUUAAACAUGUAUGAGAAUAAAUUACUGGCCUAAUUAA